GGAGCUCACUGGGCCACAGCCAGGAGCAGCAGCACCUCCAGAACCUUCUGGAAUACCGCCUAAACCCUGAGCCCACGCUUCCCGACAUGGAGGGAGUCACGGAGUUCACAGAGUACGUCUCGGAGACGGUGGACGUCCCGUCGCCCUUUGACAACCUGGAAGCGCCCACCUCGGGUGGUUUCCUGAAGCUAUCCAAGCCCUGCUGCUACAUCUUCCCUGGAGGGAGGGGUGACUCUGCCCUGUUCGCCGUGAACGGAUUCAACAUCCUGGUGGAUGGAGGGUCCGAACGCAGGUCCUGUUUCUGGAAGCUGGUCAGGCACUUGGACAGGAUAGACUCAGUCCUGCUGACCCACAUUGGGGCGGACAACCUCCCAGGCAUCAACGGGCUGCUCCAGAGGAAGAUCGCUGAGCAGGAGGAGGAGCAGUCCCAGGGAUCUGGCGGCUCCAACACAUACGGUGACUGGAUGAAGAACCUGAUCUCGCCUGAGCUCGGUGUGGUGUUCUUCAACGUCCCCGAGAAGCUACGAAUGCCUGAGUCCACGCUAAAGGUCAAACGGAGCAUCGAGGAGGCAUCCCUCACACUGCAGUAUCUCAACAAGCUUGGCAUCAAGUCAGAACCUCUUUACAGGGUCGUUAGCAACACCAUUGAGCCCAUCACGCUUUUCCACAAGCUGGGCGUUGGCAAGCUAGACAUGUACAUUCUGAACCCUGUGAAGGAAAGCAAGGAGAUGCAGUUCCUUAUGCAGAAGUGGGCUGGGAACAGUAAGGCCAAGACUGGGAUUGUGAUGUCCAAUGGCAAAGAAGGAGAAAUAUCCGUCCCUUACUUGACCUCAGUAACAGCUCUUAUCGUAUGGAUCCCGCAUAGUCCAACAGAGAAGAUAGUCAGGGUGCUGUUCCCUGGAAAUGCACCGCAGAACAAAAUCUUGGAGGGGCUUGAAAAGCUGAAGCACCUGGACUUCCUGCGCUACCCAGUAGCCACUCAGAAAGACAUAUCCUCUGGGGCCCCGCCUCCAAUCAUAAAACAAACAAAGAUGAGAUCAAGAACAGAAAGCAAGGAGAGCCUGAAAUCUUCCACCAAAACACAGUUGGCCUCAAAAGCCAGCAAGAAGGAAGCUAAAGGGCAGGAAGAGGAGUCCAAGAAUGACUCGGCUAAAGAGAACAAAAUUGAAAAGAAAGAGAAGAAGGAGAAGAAGGUGAAGAGUGAGAGCGCCAAAGCUACCAAAGCCACCAAACAACAACAAAACAGUGAGGCAGCACCCGAAGCAGCCAAACUGGAGAGAAAGAAGCUGUCCAAGGAGAAAACACUGAGGAAACACUCCAAGGAACGACCAUCUAAGAUGGAGGAGAAAAAGGACAAAGAGAAGAAAGAGAUCAGUAAAGUAAAGAAAGAGGACAACAAACGCGAAGUGAAGAAAGAUGAUACUGCUAAAAAAGAGGAGAAAAAAGAAACAAAAGCAGUGAAGGAGGAGAAGAAGAAGGAUCUGAGUAAGGCAGAGCUGAGGAAGAUCACCAAACCAGACCUGAAACCCUUUACCCCAGAAGUCAGGAAAACCCUCCAUAAGGCAAACAAGACACAGGCCAAACCCAAGACGGACAAGACUGACAAAAACUUAACAGCCAAACCGGUCAAAGAGAAAACAGCUGAGAAAAAGUCUGUCCCAAAGAAAGCACCAAAAUCCGCUGCUGCUUUGGCAGACGGGUCCGUUGUAUCCUCUCCAGAAGACCUCACCAAGGACUUCGAAGCUUUAAAACGAGAUGAGCUCUCGAAGCUAGGGAGUGAACCCAUUCAGAAUGAUGUCAUGUCUGGAUGUCCAGCUUUCACAGACUCCAAACUCCCUGAUGAGGGAAUAACAACUAAAUCCCCAGCCAAUCUUGGAGAGAAGUUUGAGGAUGAGGGUGCUGACAUGGAUGAUGGUGAUGAUGAUGGGGAGGAGUACAAUAAAGAGAGUGAUGUACUAAAGAAAGGUGCAGAUGUCGGGAAAUGGCAGGACAUUAAAAGAAAUGCUGGCAUGGAUAGGAAAUAUGAGGAUGAAAUGGAGAAAUACGACGACGACUACUCUACUAAGGGAGACAUGAAUUCGAAGAAGAGUGUCAGCUCAGAAGAGGAGGGUGACGUUAUCGAAAAAGCAGAUCUGGAGGGAAUUGAGGAUUAUGAGGAUAAAUACAACUCAGAAAAAGAUCAAAAAGAAUGGGACACCAAGUCAACCGACUUUAAAUCGUUUUCAACCGCAGUCGCCUCUGGACAAACCACUACCGCUGCCUCUGAGCAAGUGUCCUUCAUCCAAGAUGAGACUAUUCCCGCUUUCGAAACGGAGCAGACCAUCUCCGAUGAGGAGAUCCAUGAAGAACCCGAGGACAGGAUCCCACACCUCCGCUACGACGUUGCUUCCUGCGACAUCACCGUUCCCGACGUUCCAGGAUCCUUUGACUCUGUGUAUGGUGUUAGGGAGAUGAGAGCCUCGGCUACGUCUGACGCCUCAGACUUCAAAGCCAAAGGCUUUGUGGGAAGACAUGACCCAGUGUUGGCAGCCUAUCCAAGCAUCAUCACAGCUCCGCUCGCCGAGGAAGAGCACAUCUCCUCAGCCACGUCCAUCACAGAGUACGACAAACUGUCCUCGUUCGCCACUUCCAUGGCGGACGACCAGUCCAUCGCAUCUGUGACCGCCCCGCAGACAGAGACAGAGACAGGGAGGAGCUCUCUUCACCUGGACACGGUCAAUAGCAUCCCCUACCGCACCGAGGCCACCCACGGGAAGGACUACCUCCACUCGGCUGGAACCAUCUCUCCCACCUCCUCCCUGGAGGAGGACAAGAACUUCAGUUCUCCUCCUUCAAAGGAGUACCAGCCUUUUGCUACCGAGAUGGAGGCUGGGAGGAAGACCAAACCCGUCCAUGAGGAGUAUGACGAAGAGGAGGAUGACGACGAGGACCAGACUCCCAACGUUGAUAUCCCCUUGGGGAAACUCCAAGAGGGUUACGAGCAGGCGACGGCAGCCAUGUUGCUCCAGGACAAGGAUAAAUCCCCCUCCACUGCCUUUGCACCUCCCUCUCCUCCCUCUUUCUCCAGCGGGUUUAAGCCUAGUUCCAUGUUUGAAGGUGAAGAGAGAUGUCUUAGCCCAGGUGACAGCACCGUGAAGCUGGCCUCACCCACCCAGUCGGUCCCCAUCAGCAGUGGCUACUCCCCCACAGAGGAGAAGAAAAACAACAAAAUGGACAGCACUGAAACUGAGCUCCAGAAAAUGGGGCUUUCUGGUGACAAGACCCCCUUUGAAGAAUCAGAUGAGGAUGAUGAUGAUGACUAUUAUGAGAAAAGGGAUCUCAAACCCUGUGUUAAAGCGAAGUAUUUGGAACAGAAGGAGGGUAGGUUCUUGGACGAUGAAUCACCUCAAGAAGAGAAGCUGUCUGAGAGGGACAAAGGACUAGCAGAGGAUGGCAUCAAGUCCAAGUAUCUGCAGAAUAAACCGGGGUUGACAGAUGAGAUACAGUUCUCUGGUUACAUGGAGCAAACAACCAAACCCCAGAUCAUGCACUCGGACGAACAAGACGAGGUGGAGGAAGAUGAUGAAGAUGAUGUUGUUCAACCAAGUGGAACAGGGUCUAGCGCUUUAUCAGUAGAGCAAAGUAAAUUGGACUCUGAAGAUGACAAAAAGGAGGCAGCAUUAUCCAGAAAAAGAACCAUUGAUAUCUAUGACAACAAAACCAGUUAUCAGAAGGACCAGUCAGAAAAAAUGGGGAAGGACAGUAUGAAGGAGACGGACACACAGAAAAAGGACUCCGCUUUCCCCUCAGACAAGGAGGGUAGUGCUGCAGCCAAACCCUCUUCAAUGAGCUACCAUGACAAAGAGGUGGAACUGGAGAUAGACAUGAGGAAGCUAACAGCCAGGGAUGAGGAAGACUAUGAUGAUUAUGAUGAUGAAGAAGAGGAUGAGGACGAUGAAGAGGAGGAUGCUAUUGACUCAGACAUGGAGAAAGGUGCCAAAGAGAAAUCGGAAAAGGAAGUCAAAAGUCCAUUCAUCGAUGGUGUGAGCUCAAAACAGCCCCAGUUUAUGGUUUCCAUGGCUGGCUAUGGUUACAACAGUCAGGCAAAACCGACUUCACCAGACUGUGUGAGCUCAAAAGAGACAGAUUUCACAGACUCCAAACUCCCUGAUGAGGGGAUGACAACUAAAUCCCCAGCCAAACUUGGAGAGACGUUUGAGGACGAGGGUGCCGACAUGGAUGAUGAUGAUGACGAUGAUGAUGAUGAUGACGAUGAUGAGGAGGAGUACAACAAAGAGAGGGAUGUACUAAAGAAAUGUGCAGAUGGUUACAAUAGUCAGGCAAAGCCGACUUCACCAGACCACUUGAGCUCUAAAGAGCCAGAGUUUAUGGUUUCCAUGGCCGGCUAUGGUUACAACAGCCAGGCAAAGCUGACUUCACCAGACGGCAUGAGCUCUAAAGAGCCAGAGUUUAUGGUUUCCAUGGCCGGCUAUGGUUACAACAGCCAGGCAAAGCUGACUUCACCAGACGGCAUGAGCUCAAAAGAGACAGAUUUCACAGACUCCAAACUCCCUGAUGAGGGGAUAACAACUAAAUCCCCAGCCAAACUUGGAGAGACGUUUGAGGACGAGGGUGCCGACAUGGAUGAUGAUGACGAUGAUGACGAUGAUGAGGAGUACAACAAAGAGCGGGACACACACAGCCAGGCAAAGCCGAUUUCACCAGACGGCAUGAGCUCGAAUGAGCCAGAGUUUAUGGUUUCCAUGGCGGGCUACGGUUACAAAAGCCAGGCGAAGCCGACUACGCCACCUUCUUCCACCACCUGCAAAGGUGACAUGGGCGCCACAGCGUUCUCUGGGUACUCCUCUGGGUUUGAUUAUUCUUACGGUGGGGAGAAAGACACAUUUCAGUCCAGCCAGAUGAAGGACAAAGAGGGAAAAGAUGACUAUUUCCACAGUGAGAGAGCUGACGGUGGUAAGAAAACAGGAGACACAGUAGGAGUCUCAUCAGGCUUCCACUACACCACCACCUCUGCCACGGCAUAUUCGUCCUCCUCUUCCUACAGCUACUCCUCCUCUACGUCCGGUCCGUCACUCUCCACCAGCCGGCAGUUUGGCGAGGAGCUGGAGACCCCAGCCAACGCCUCCGACCACAUCUUCAAACACGAUACAGACAAUGAACACGCCUCCUUUAAAGAUGAACACGGCUCCUUUAAAGAUGAACACGCCUCCUUUAAAGAUGAACACGGCUCCUUUAAAGAUGAACAUGCCUCCUUUAAAGAUGAACAUGCCUCCUUUAAAGAUGAACACGCCUCCUUUAAAGAUGAACACAGCUCCUUUAAAGAUGAACACGCCUCCUUUAAAGAUGAACACUCCUCCUUUAAAGACGAACACUCCCUGGCCGUGGACUCCUCCCCCUUUUCCAGUUCCUGCGGGAUGGUUAAGAACGAGUACCUGGAGGUUUCGGAGAAGCAGAUGACGAUGGCCACCACCACCACCGCAGAAUCCACCUCCAGUUUGGCCCGCUUCUCUCCUCACAGCCCCUUUGAGGAGAUCAAACCUUUCCACUCACACUCCUCUGCUUCCUCCUCGGAAGACAAAAAGGAGCAUGUUGCCUCGCUGGAAGGAAGUGUUGUGAACAAAAGCCCCCAGUCGGACUGCUUCUAUAAACCGGAAUGGGCGGAUGAGUCCAAGCUGCAGGCUGCAGGGGGUUAUGGGCCUUUCACCCAGUCACCCAAGGAGAAAGAUGCCAUCGCCAUGGGUUUGUUUGGUGUCACCUCGUCCCCACGGCCCGACUCAACAGGCAAGCAUUACUUUGAAAACUCUGACAGUACUGAGGAAGAGGAUGACGAGGAAGGUUACAUGCGUGAGAUGGGCCUGUCCUUCUCCGAAAAACACGGCAGCAGCACCACCACCUCAGGUGAGAUAGAUGGCGCUGGUCUCCCUGAUGUGCUCACCUCGUACAUACCCUCCUCUCUGCUGCCCACCAAGCCAGACACAGUCAAUGGUCCCAUGGAGGUCAGCAGCAUGAGCUCCCCCAUCAGUGCAGGGCCGGCAGCCAGCUGCGUGAGCCCAGGUCUGGGUACAGCUGAGGAGAAAAAGGUGAAGGGCUCCUAUGAGUGGAACAUGCAGAAGCCCCAGAUGGACAUGGUUCCUGGCGACUCCCCGCCUCAUUACCGCCACGAGGACGAGUUUGAGGAGGAAUGCGAAAUGGAACCAGAGUGCCCCGCCCGCCCGCUCUCCCUCUCCUCCACUGAUCACACCUUCGGCUCCCCCUUCUACACGGAGGCGUCGUGCCGAGGAGAAGCAGGAGGAAGAGAUGAUGAUGAUGACAGCGACCUGGACCUUCCUCCUGAAAUGGGCGCCUCCUCCUCCAAAGCCUCCCCUGGCUACUCCUCCUCGGAACACAGACCCCGCAAGGGAGACCUCUCGCCCUCCUUCAUCAAUCCCAGUAUGCAACAGCAGUCCAGCGAUGAGGAGGACGAGGAGCGGGGACGCAGGAGCGACCAAUCACAGGAAGGGGACGAACAUGACCUGGUUAGCCAGAGAAGACACCCCCCAACCUCCGUCAGCGACUCUAUACCGUCGCAGUCAGAUUCAGACGUUCCCCCAGGGACAAAGGAGUGCCCCUUCAUCACGGGCAACAGCAACAUGGACUCGGACGAGGACACCGAGUACCUGCCUGUGGAUAAGUUCUCCACCAUGGGAGGGGGCCACCAUCACUCCUCUUCCUCCUCCUCCUCCAGGAUUAGCCCCCGGGACCCCCUCCCGCCCCCUCAUGGACCCCUUCCCCAACCCCCUCACCCCGACGUCUGCAUGGUGGACCCCGACGCUCUGGCCAAUGACCAGAACCGGGCAACCUCAGAGUCGCCCUCAAGAAGGACCCCAAGACGAAAGGCCGCCUCGCUGAAGAAGAAGGAGACAGAGAAGAGCUUGAGGAUGUCCCAUCUGUCAGACGGACAGGGCUCCAGAGACGAUGACCUCUCCAGGUCCAGCUACAACGCCGGCAGGGUGGCCAACGGAGUUAAGAGCACCUCUGGCUCUCAGAGGUCCAGUUCCGUGGUUCCCCAAGGCCCUCCUAUCUAUGUAGACUUGGCCUACAUCCCCAACCACUGCAGUUCUAAGAACGUGGACCAGGAGUUCUUCAAACGCGUCCGCUCUGCAUACUACGUGGUGAGCGGGAACGAUGUGGGCAAUGACGAGCCCAGCCGAGUGGUCCUGGAUGCUCUACUGGAGGGCAAAGCCCAGUGGGGAUCCAACCUACAGGUGACGUUGAUUCCCACCCAUGACACAGAUGUGACUCGGGAGUGGUACCAGCAAACCCAUGAACGGCAGCAGGAGCUAAACAUCAUGGUCCUGGCCUCCAGCAGCACCGUGGUCAUGCAGGAUGAGUCUUUCCCCGCCUGCAAGAUCGAAUUUUAAGCCACACCCCCCUCUCUUCCCCUCUGUAAUGGGACAACACACAGCUCCCCUGGUUCAGUCUGUCUGUUUAAAUAUUUUGGAUCUGCCUUUUCUAGGGAUUUAUUUCUUACAGUAAAUCAUAACAGUACAUCUCAAAUGACACCCUAUUGGUCUUAUAGCUACCAUCUCUGGUCUAAAGUAGUGCACUGGACUGUAUGUGGAGUAGGGUGUCAUUUUAGACACAGAGAUAUUCAACAACCACACGUUUGAUUAUGGUUAGUGUCAUUGUUUGUAUUAUAAAGGUGCUCUUCAGACUAUAACACUCCUCUACUAUAAUUAUAAGGUUUAUUCAAGGAAACAAGUAUGGUUGUGCAUACGGUAGAAAUCCAGGCAAAAUGUCCAGGCAAUGGUUACUGUUUCCUUCAAGGUAAGACAGAUUUUCUUCUAAUAGGCAUAACUCAUGCACAAGUAUGCCCUAUUAUAAUGUUAGAGUCAUCAUCAACAACAACAGACUUAAUCUUUGUUUAAAGAAGUUACAACACCAAAACGCAUUUUGUACUUUAGUGUUUAUGUGUUUUGUAGAACUGAAUACACCAUGCUAAUGCCAAUGGUACUUUUCUCAUCCACGUGCCACUCAUUGAACUUUGUGCCUAAUAUUGACACAUUGACAUAGAUGAUAUUCUAAGUAGAUUGUCUCUAAGAGUCUUUUAGAUGUCGAAUAAUUAUGUUUGUAGUA